CCCCCUGUACCAGGCAGUGUGGACGACAAGUUCCAUCGACAGACUAACAAAAGGGGAGAGGUGACCUGUCCAAACUGUGGAUCGGUCACCCGCAAGACCGUGGCAGGACUGCGGAAGCACAUGGAUGUAUGUGAGCAGCUACAAGAAGCUCUGAGGUGUCAGCACUGCAGGAAACAGUUUAAAUCGAAAGCAGGACUGAAUUACCACACUAUGGCCGAACACGUCAAUAAGUCUUCCAGCCCUAAAGAGGUCCCGGUGGAUGACCCCAGGGAGCGGGAACGCCUGCGCAAAGUUCUCAAGCAGAUGGGAAAACUACGCUGCCCCAAGGAGAAUUGCUUGGCUUCAUUCUCCAGUCUAAUGGGUUACCAAUACCACACACAGCGUUGUGGGCGAGAGCAGUGCGACCGAGAGAAACUGCACUUCUCCUGUCCUCAUUGCAGUAAGGCGUACCGAUCCAAAGCUGGGAGAGACUACCACGUGCGCUCCGAGCACUGCACAGACUUGGUUAUUCCAGAAGAACCAGAGCUGACAUCAAAGCAGGAGGUGGAGAUCGAGGACUUUGAACGGACUCCAAGUGGGCGAGUAAGGAGGCGGUCAGCUCAGGUCGCAGUCUUCCAUCUACAAGAAAUCGCAGAGGAUGAGCUGGCAAAGGAAGGAAGUCGCAGGAGGAUGAAGGAGGACCUUGUACCUGACAGUAAGAGGCUGAACUAUCUCCGUCCCGGCCUGCCGACCUUUAACCCCCAGCUUCUGGAAACUUGGAAGACCAGCGUGAAAGAAAAUGGCUUCAUCUGCUGCCCUAAUAACCGUUGUGAAGCAAUAUAUUCCAGUGUGUCUGGGCUGAAGGCUCAUCUUGCCAACUGCAACAAGGGUGAGUACUUGGUGGGCAAAUAUCGAUGUCUGCUAUGCCAGAAGGAGUUCAGUUCUGAGAGUGGAGUGAAGUACCACAUCGUAAAGACACACUCACAGAACUGGUUCCGGGUUUCUGCCGUCUCUUCGGCCAUUAAAAGAAAAAGAAAGCAGGACUUCUCCUCUAAUAAGUCAGCAACGGAAGUGACCAGCAAGAAGAAAAAGAGGAAGAUAGAAGAUAAACGCUUGGUCAGUUUUCCCCCCACUGCCACAUCCCUGGACACAGAGACUUCGCCUGCACUGAACACACACUCUAACAAAGCAGCAGGUAGCGUUCUUGCCAAUGCACAUAAUGCGGAGCCCCUGAAGAAAAUUGAGAAAGUCGCCACAUUUAAGAGAGGGAAAUAG